CAAAACUCCAGCCAGUAGGUGGCAGUAGGUGUCAAACCGUCGGUCAGGCUCAAAGAAGAAACAACAUUUUGACUGAGACGGAACGUGUGGAGAAGUAGGUCUGAACUGUCAUUGUCACAGGGUAAAGAUGCAGACACCAGCAGAGUCGAUCCUCCACAGCGGCUAUUUCCACCCAACACUCCGAUACUGGCAGACCUGCGUCGCUGAUUUAAGACCUGACAAUCUCAUCUACCCGAUUUUCAUCACAGACAGUGCAGAUGCGGUGGAGCCCAUCGGCAGUCUGCCAGGACAGGCCAGAUAUGGAGUGAAUAAGCUGGAGGGAAUGUUGCGGCCACUUGUGGAGAACGGCUUGAAAUGUGUGCUGAUUUUUGGUGUCCCUGCAAAAAUUGAGAAGGAUGACAGGGGCUCAGGCGCCGACGCAGACGACACGCCGGCUGUGCUAGCAGUGAAGAAGAUCAGGUCUUUGUUCCCGGAGUUGCUGGUGGCGUGCGACGUCUGCUUGUGUCCCUACACAUCACAUGGACACUGUGGUAUCCUGGACGAUGACGGCACUCUGAACAAUGACGCCAGCUGCCUGCGCUUGGCUGAAGUGGCGCUUGCCUACGCCCGAGCAGGCUGUCACAUCAUCGCUCCCUCUGAUAUGAUGGAUGGAAGAGUCAGAGCCAUAAAACAAGCCCUGAUAUCUAACGGUCUGGGAAACAAGGCUUCGGUGCUGAGCUACAGUGCAAAGUUUGCCUCUUGUUAUUAUGGACCUUUCAGAGACGCUGCCCAGUCCAAACCUGCGUUUGGGGACAGACGCUGCUAUCAGCUGCCUCCCGGAGCGAGGGGACUCGCCGUUCGAGCUGUGGAGCGAGACGUGAGAGAAGGAGCUGAUAUGCUGAUGGUGAAACCAGGUCUGCCGUACCUGGAUAUCGUGAGAGAAGUCAAGGACAAGUUCCCCACUCACCCCCUGGCGGUAUACAACGUGUCGGGGGAGUUUGCCAUGAUGUGGCAUGGAGCGCAGGCGGGAGCCUUCGACCUGCGGGCUGCUGUGAUGGAGGCCAUGACCGCCUUCCGCCGGGCAGGGGCUGACAUCAUCAUCACCUAUUACGCACCUCAGCUGCUUAGCUGGCUGAAGGAGUGAAGAACCAAGAUCUGAGGCCAGAGGAUGGACGGACGUGGGGAGAUGGACCAACGGACAGACGCCGCUGAAAGUACAAAACUGCCGCUGAUUUCAAGGGAAAUAUAAUGUGUUUGAUCUUGUUUGUUUCGAUUAUCUGGGUGUCAGGCUCAUUUUUAGCUGUAUAACUUGUAUCCAAGUUACAUUUGUGACGAAGCUUUUGAAGGGCUCAUAUGACUAUCUUGUCGAUGUUUUCUAGCGGGAAAUGUCUCUUAAAUGGCAUCUGUCAUCUCUUUUAGCUGCUGUGAUUAUGGAAAGUAUGUUUGUCUGAAUCAUAGCCAGACAAAAGUCUGACAUACAGGAGACUGCUGAUUCAGAUUAACACACUCUUAUUGCUGAGAGAAAAUAAAAUCAUCCAGAGCUG